AUGGAAGAAACAUUUGAAAGAAUUCGUGCUCAAAUUAAUUCAAAACUUGAUAAUCAAAAACAAAUAGCAAUAACAUUAUUGGCAAUAGAAGAAACUAUAAAGGAACAAAGUGUCAUAUUAAGUGCAACCUCUUACUUUGCAGCAUUACUUACAACAUUAGAACAACAGCAGCAAUCUCGCUCAGAAGAAAAUGUAAUUGGGUCAAUAUUAUAUUUAUUAAAUAUCGUAUUAAAAGAAACACCUUCAACGAUAUUAAAAAAUAAAUAUUCAAUAGUCUUGUCGGUAUUGAAUGAUUCUUUUGAGUUAAGAAAAGAUGAUUCGGCCAUCAUAAGGAGUAUCAUUGGUUGCUUGGAAAAUUUAUUAAUUGUUCAAGAAAUAACUAUUUGGCAACAAAUUCAAACAAAGAAAAAUUUUCAAAAUUUAUUAUUACUUUCUUUGGAUCACAGACCAAAACCAAGGAAAAGAGUUCAUGAUGCUAUCAAAAAAAUCUUAAGUUCGAUAAUCUCAUCAGACGGGGGAAAAGGUGGUCCCGGAGGAGAACCUAAUAGGAAUAAACAUCCAGCGAUUAUGAUUACGAUGGAAUUUUGUACAAAAGUGCUUAAAGAAUAUAUUAAAACCGAUCAAACUUCCGUUCUAUACAUUCUAAAUUUAUUAAAAGGAAUCGUUAAAUUUUGGCCGAUCGAUAACAUUUAUUCAUUAUUAGAGAUAUUAAUCUUUAUACCGAAAUGUAAUCAAAAAUAUUUAACUAUAUCAUCAUUUCAAUUAUUUGAAGAGUUGUUUCAAAAUAAUUCAAAAGGAUUCAUCCUUGAAGAACAUCAAAAAGGAGGGGAAGGGGUGGUAGAACAUCAUAAUGUUAGAUUUAAGGAGUUAUUGUUAGCAUUGAUGGAUUUAAUGCCAAAUGUUAAAGACCCACAACUUUUACCCCAAUGGUUGAUGAUUAUAACAAGAGGAUUUCCAAUUUACUUAGAAUGUAAUAAAGAGGGAACUGAAAAGAUGUUGCAAGAAUUUUUUAUAAAGAUCUUUGGAACUUUAGAAAGUGAUGAUUCCGAUAUCAUUAUAACCGCCACUUUAUGUCUUUGUGAAUUAAUCUCAUCUGGAAUUACCGAUGAAAUGAUUCAAAAAACAUUAAAUGAUAAAGAUCAACAACGAGAUUGUUUAAAUAUUAUCAUUUCAACGGUGGAAGGUGGAUUCGUCAUUAAAUAUAAAAAUUCUUGGCCUGGAAUUUUAGAGAUUUCUAAAUCAUUAUUUCAAAGGCUUCAUCGAUCUUCACGAAAAUUACUCGUCAAUUUAUUAAAAAUCGUGACAGAUGUUAGAAUGGAUCAAUCAUUUGAAUUAAAAGAAGAAGCGGAUGUGGUGAUAGGAUCUGCUAUUGAAAAUAUGGGACCAAGAUUUCUCUUAAAUAUAUUACCAUUAAACUUGGAAUCACCUGGGAUCAAGAAUCAUACCGGUAGAGCAUGGUUAUUACCUUUGUUAAAAGAUCAUAUUGUUAAUUCAGAAUUGGAAUAUUUUUUAAAAGAAUUCAUUCCAUUAAGCCAAAGGUUACAACAAAGAACUUUAGAAUUUCAACAACAAAAUCGUUUAAUUGAAUCAAAAAUUUAUGAUACUUUGGUACAACAAAUUUGGUCUUUAUUACCAGGAUUUUGUAAUUUACCAACAGAUUUACAAAAAAAUUUUAACAAGUCCCUUGGCGAAUUGCUAAGUAAUAAGAUGUAUCAAAAACCUGAUUUACGUCCUACUAUCGCUUUAGCUUUACAAAAUUUAGUUGAAAAGAAUAAGUUAUUAUUAGAUUCGGAGAAAAAUGAUCAAGAAUUAAAAAAAUUAUAUGGUAUUAACAAAAAUGACGCGAAGAAAAAUUUAGAAUUAUUGACAAAGUUUUCGAAUAAUUAUUUAGCAGUUUUCUUUAAUGUAUAUUCUCAAACAUCACCUGCUUAUAGGGGAUAUCUUUUAGAAGUGAUUAAAAUUUAUUUAACUAUCACUCUUGCAAAGGAUAUUACCACGACCUUUGCCAAAGUCUUAACCGGAUUGUUUUCUCAAGAUGAUUCAACGUUACAAAAGAAAUCUUACAAGAUAAUGAAUUCAUUAGCGGAGACUGAGAAUGGUAAAAUAAUGAUACUAAAUCACAUUGAAGAUUUACAAAUUAAAUUAAGAAAUUCCACGAUGAAUUCAAAUUCGGCUUCAAAAAAAGAUAGGUUAUUAACAUUGAUUAAUGUGAUCAAAUUACUUCCUUCAUCGGACCUUCAUAUGAUACCUGAUGUAUUAUCGGAAGUUAUAUUAAGUACAAAAGAAGUUAAUGAAAAGGCAAGGAUAAAUGCUUAUGAAUGUUUAAUAGUGAUGGGUAAUAAAAUGAAACAAGGUGGAACCAUUAUUAUGAGUAAAAUUUUAGAAUCUGACUCAUCCUCCUCCCCAACCUCAUCAGACGUAAUGAAUGCGUCAAUUGAUGAAUUUAUAUUUAACAUGGUGAUAGCAGGAUUAGCGGCGACCACACCACACAUGAUAAGCGCCACCAUCACAUCCUUGUCAAGGUUAUUAUUUGAAUUUAAAAUUGAUCUUGAUAAGGAUUCUAUUCACAAGUUAAUUGAUACGAUGAAUAAUUUUAUCAAUUGUCCUAAUCGAGAAAUUGUUAAAGCCGCGUUAGGUUUCGUUAAAGUGACUACGAUUUCUUUGGAUGUGGAUAUUUUGACUCCUCAUUUAUCUCAAAUCAUUCUCGGUAUAUUAUCUUGGUCAAAUGAACACAAGAGUCAUUUUAAAGUGAAAGUUAGACACAUCUUUGAAAGGUUAAUCAGGAGAUUUGGUUAUGAUACCAUUGAACAAUAUGUACCUGAAAGGAAGAGAUCAACUUUCAAUAGCGCUUAUGAAGAUGCUUUAUAUGGAAGCGAAAGUGAUUUGGAAGAUACUGAUGAUGAAAAUGAAAAAAAGAAAGAUGGUUCAUGGAUUCGAGAAGGAGGUGAUGAGGAUGGAGAUGAUGCACCGGUUGAUUUCUUGGAUCGAGGAAUAAUAUCAAAAGUAAUCGGAUUAAAUCCUUCAAAUGUUCGAAAACAAAGAAAAGAUUUUUCAAAAGCAUUCAAAGAAACCCGUGAUGGUAAAAUGAUUAUAAAUGAAUCUGAUAAUUCCGAAGGUGAAAGAACGAAUUCUUCUGACGUUAUGAUGCAGGAAGCUGAUAAUCACUAUUUAGAAGCCCAAAAAUCAGGUGAUGGAUUUACCCGUGGUCAAAGGAAUAAAAUUAAAUUUAAAAAAGGAAAUAAGAAAAAUGAUGACAUGGAUAUAGACGAUAUUGAACCUAUAGACGCUAUUGCGUCAAGAAAUAAAAAGCGUAAAAAUCCGAUAAAAAAUACCAAUAAAGUCAUUACGAUUGGUAAAGAAUAUAAAGCUAAAAAUGCUGGUGGCGACAUUAAAAAGAAAGGUAAACCCGAUCCUUUUGCUUAUAUACCUUUAUCAACUAUGUAUAGAAAACACAAUCAAAAAGGUCCGAAAAUCUCUGUUACUUCAAAAAGUAAAAUACAAAAACGUAAAGGUAGGGCAUAA